AUGCGCCUAUUGGAAGAUUUGGGCUACCUCCUCUCUUUCCGAUCUCAUUCAGAUAAUAAGCCAGUCGGUUUAUUAGAUAGUGAGUGGGUAAGAGAGGUGCUUGGUCUGUCUCCGAAUGUGGGCCUAGAAGCAUUAGCCGAGUCUCUGAAUAUUCCCGAGGGUUCUCAGGAUAAAGACAGCCUUAAGGUGCUAACGGAGCUUCCACGGUCUCAGUCCAUGAAGGUGCUUGCUUUAUUGGUUGGCAGCUUGGUUAUAGUCGUUAUGAAGAAUGAAGGAGCGACGAAGGAGCUCACUUCCACGACAUGGGAAAGGAUCAUGGGAUGA